UUUCCCUUUUUUCCUUCUCUGUCUCUCUCUCUCUUUUCCUCUUUACCCACCUCUAUUAACAAAAAAAAAAAAAGAUGUCAAGUUGUUCAAUAGCAUCAACUGUGCUGGCAUGGUUGCAAAAGGAAUUAUCCAUUUAUUCUGAGUUACUUUUAAUUUCACCUAUUCGCGACCUAUCUAUAGAAUAUUGGCAGGGUAAACCUUUAUUAUGUCUUGCUCAUCAUUACUUUCCAGAAGCAAUACCCAAUCUCGUUGAACAACUGUCCGAACAAGCACCUACAACUCUCUUCACUCACAGUCUAACAUUGUUUGAACAACGUUUGGGCUUGACACCUCUCGUCGACGACAAUUGUACAUUGUACUUUUCCAACUUGGCAUCUGCCAUUCGUGAUAGACAACAAGACACACUACGUGACUUACAUAUUGGACAAACACCAACAGAAGGAAACCCCAUAGACAUACAUCGACUUCAACUCUUGUUGCCAUACAACAAACUCUUUCAUCAAUUGGUCGAUUUAUCAAUACGAGAAGAAGAAGGACUUUCUGUCUCUACACGCUCGCCUUCUCCACGUAUCCAAAGUGACGAUAUAUUACCGCCAACAACAGAGGAUAUACCUUCAUUGGACCAAAUUCAAUCCGAUCUAGAUAGGCUUGAAUCUCGAGAACUGGUUGCUUACCAAACUUAUGUUGCUAACUUACCAGAUGUUUUACCGUUGGACAUUGCAGUCGUGAUUUCCGCCAUUGAUGCAACUCGCGCUGCACUUCAUUUGCAGUUGCAUAAGGGUGAUGUUCUACGCACUACCAUUCAAUUUACAAACACCGCUGCGUAUAUUCGCAACGAAUUGGAGUUCAUUCAGGCCAAAAUGUUGAAAACAACCACUACAGAUGUCGGUAUUCAAGAUUUGGAAUCCAGAUCAAAGGCAGCUGGCCUUGCCAUGGAUGCUUUACUCGUUAAAUUUAAAGACCUCCUGGCCACAGAUGCCGUGACAAAUCAGGAAUACAUCUUUUUACGAGAGAAAUAUCAAUUGAUUUGUUGUUGGGUAGAUGAUGUCCGUGUUUGGUUUGUAGAGGCUGAGAGAAUUCGCUCUUGGAUUGAAACACAUAUUGCUGCAUUGGAAGCUAAACCCAACAUGAAUGCUUUAGACGAGGUCGAAUUAGAUUACGAACCAUCCACCAUUGAUGAAUUAAACAAGGAACAACAAGUGUUGGAAACACAAGUCGAGUUAUUUGAUAAAGAGGAUAUGACACGUCUUCGUGCUCAUGUAAAAGCAUUGACCGGUGGUAAUAAGGAUCUUUCGCCUGCAGAUACAACCACCAUCGAAAUCACUUUCACAACACUCAUGACUCUGGAUCGUCUCAUGCAUCUUUUACGUAGACACGCUUAUGAACUUCAGAUGCUGACUUUGCGCAUGUAUUGGGAACAAGAAUACAAUGUGUCUGUCACUUGGGUACGUGCCACAGGAGAACAUGUGCGUGUCUUUGUCCAACAAAAGGCACGUUGGCGACCUCCGCUUCUGAACGACAUAGACGAGGACAAAAAGAUGACUGAAAAAUCAGAAAUCAUUGAUACUUUAAUUGAUUUCGAAAAACAGUCUUCUGCCUUCGAUCAAGGUCAAUUCACUACCACCGUCAACAUGUAUCAGGAUCUCGAUGAUGCUUGUAACAUCGAAUUACCUUCUCAUCUGGAAUCGAGACAAGUCGCUAUUGAGGAAGCAUUUGAGGAGUUAACCAAUCGUAUUGCAUUUGCACGUCAAGUGGUCGAACAGUACCUGGUUGUGACGGAUUUUGUGGAUCGCGCCGAUAAACUUAAGAACGAUGGUGAUCUUUUACGUCAAGAGAUUACCGUGGCAACAGAGCAACACGGCACUCAUUCAACCAACACGGAUUUUAGUGAUAAGGUAGCGUCUUUUCAGGAAAAUGCUGUGCGUCUCGUCACAAGUGUAGCAUCACGUGUACCUUACCCAGAAGCAUCUCACCCUACUGAUGAACAAGGCAAUGACGAAGCUAACGAUACUAUUCGCACGGUGGUAGGUGCACGAAAAUCAGGUUUGGUUCUGUUUGGCGAAGCUUUAGAUCAUAGUCUCGCUUCCUAUCGUCGAGCACUUCAAUUACAAAAGCGAGCUAAACAACUACAGGAUGAAAUCGUGCGUUUAUUAAGUUGGGUGGAUGAACGUAUGCGGUCGAUUAAGAAAUCAAAAGUGGAUGUAUUUGUUGGUAAAUGUGCCUUGGAUGAAACAGAUCUUGCUCGUUUGAACAAGGAGCGUGACGGACAAGUCGCCAAGAUGAAGGGGAUCAAGGAGAACGAUAUCAAGAAAUUGUUGGAUACAAUUGGCGCAUUACAAACCACGUCUUCUCAACCACCUACUAAUACACACAUGUUAGCUUUGGUGUCUGCUUUGAAUGAAGGUAUGACGAACCUGGGAGAUCAAUUGGCUGUGUUGGAUGAUGCACUUCAGUUUCAUAGUCUGUGUUUGGAUAUCUUAGGAAAGCGAAUUUCAUGGGAAACACAACACGCCAAAACCUCCUUGUGGAUCUCCAACAUGACUUUCCAAGUCUGGGAAUUUGUGGCACGUAAAGCUCAAUGGAGAAGUGAAAUCGAGAUUGUCUUGGAUCGAAAUACCGUGCAACAAGAAUUUGAAGCUAUGCAGCAAAAAGUACAAGAGUUUUAUUUGGAGCAAUUAACUCCUGUGGAUCAAACCUUUAAAGAUCUAUCCAAUGGAUUCGACAUCAUUCUUAACAAUAGCUCUUUUGAUGUGAACCAAGCACAAGACAAUAUUACGCCCCAACAUGUACAACGUCGUCAGGAUACACUUGAUCAGAGCUACAACAAUUUGUGUGACUUGAUACAGUUCAGUGAGGGAGUCUUAGCACAAUAUAAUGCAUUGACUGAUUUCUCUACCCAAGUCACUACCUUGGGCGAUCAAGGCCGUGGAAUUAUCUCGGAUAUUCAAGCCGCCAACGAUACCGUGAUGAAAUUAGCCGAUGCCGAUGCCCGCCGUGAACAAUUUGGGUUGCUUGUGAAAGAAUUCAGUCAAAGUGUGAUUCAACUCUGGAUGCAAUCUGGAUCUCAAUUGCCUUAUCCUCAAUGUUCUGAGGAUGCGCGUGCUACACGUCCAUCUACCAGUGAUGAUGAAAUUAGUACAGAAGUAGCCACCGUUAUCUUUAAAAACUACACAGAACUGCAAGAUCUGGUCAAAAGAAUGACGGAUUUGUUGCAGCGUUUGGAUAUUUCUAUCGUGCAUCGUUUGAAAUUAGAACGAUGGUGUACGGAUUCCGACGCGUUUGAUCAAAGCGUUAAGUCUUUGACAGAGAACGUUGAUCAUGUUUAUACGUUUGAUUUAAACACCGGUCUUGUACAUCAAGGUACCGAACAAGUUCCUAUUCAAACUUAUAUGGAAAAGGUACGUGACUUUGAGGCACAAGUAACAGAACUAGAGAAAGACAAGUACCAGCCUCUCUUACAUGAUCUGGAAGAUUUGAAGCAAGCAGUGGAAAAGGAUGAUCAGGUGAGAUCUGUGGUGGAUCCUGCAGUCACCCAAGCUACCAUGAUAGCUCUUGACAUGUCAUGGCAAGACUUGAACGUGCGCGUGGACUUGUUCAAAAGUCAAGCAACUGCUUGUCACUAUCGUACUGUAUGGGAAGAAUUAUGGGUCACUCAAUCACAUCAGGUAAAUACUAUUCAAGACGGUGUGCGUGAAUGGAUCAAUGAAAAGAAUGUAUGGCUUGCAUCUCCUCAAGGUGGUGAUUUAUUAGACGACUUGAUUGCUCGUAUGGAAGUGUUUGAUGACACAUUAGGCACACUUUUAAAAGAUGCAGUACCUCCGUUAAAUUCUGCUUUUAUCGAUAUGAUGACCUUGUACAAAUCCAGUGAUAUGGUGUACACCACUUCUUUAGAAACCAAACAAGACGACCUCGAAAAACUCUCGGUCAAGUUGCAAGACCUGAUUUCUACCCAAGUCUCAGAGAUUCAGUUCUUAAAAUCACGUCAUGCUUGGGAGUCUAAAGUCGAUCGAGAAUUGAAAAUCUGUGCUGAAAAGGCGCUUGAAACCGAAUCUUUUAUUCGUCAAUCAGCUCGAUGGUCUCCUUCUUAUUCCCCUGAUCACAAUGUAAAGUAUGAACCUGCAGAUACCCAAGUAGCGGCUUUGGCUUCUUUACUCGACCAUCUUGUUUCUUUACAAUCUGAAAACGCUCCUCUGUUGCAAACUGAAAUGGUCUAUAAACGUAAAUCCACUUUGGAAUCUACCAUUGAGCGUGUGCAAGAGCAUGUCAAGUUUGUGGACCAAGUUUUAGAACAACGCGAUUUGAUCUUGACUCGUUUAGCCAAUAUUGCUGCCUUGGAAACAUUGGCCGAGACGAUCAAGACACGAUUCCUGUCUUCUGAUACGGUGGAGGGUCAAGAAAAGGAAGCUUUGCAGGAAUAUUUGGUACGUGUAUCUCAAUUAGAAUCCCAAAUGGUCUAUCCAGUACGUCAUUACCGCGACCAUGAUGCUACUUGUCGUGAAGAAGAUGAUUCUCAUAAUGCUGCUAUGACCGAAAUGCUGACAGCUCGUCGUGCGCGUCUUGAUGAAUUAGGCACUUCAUUGGAAUCUAUUUUGAAAUCCAAGGAACGUGUAUCACGUUGUAAAGCUGCAGAAGAAACUUACAUGUCAGAAGCUACAGCUGUUAAGGACUGGAUUGAAUCAAAAGCACUGCAAUUGGAUACUCUUCAACCCUCAUUAGCUAUCAACGAACUUCGUGUUGCAGUGAAUACCGUGAGUGCUUUACAAUCUGGAGCAGUGACAUAUGCAAAUUCCGUGCAAAGUCUCAAGGAAUCCGCAAAUCAAUGUGUGGUCAUGAUUCAACAACAAGGAGAUGAUGAAAAUAUUUUGGCUCGUAUCCAAUCAACACAGCUCAAUAUGAAUGCAGCUUGGGAUAACUUGAACCAAAAAAUUCAGGUAUCUAAAAACGAAUGGUCUACAACGUUGAGAUACCGUGAGUAUAUCAAGUGUGUCGAGUCUUUCCGUCAACAAUGUCAAGAUUUGCACGAAAACGUAGUCAAGAUGGAUUUAUCUCAAGUGACCGAAGAUAUUACCAACCAAUGGCAAAACGAUAUCGUCAUGUUAUCCGAUACUUAUAUUGAACAAAUCCGUGCUAGACUGGGCGAAGAAAAAGCAAAAUCUUCUAGUGAAUGUGUAUCACCUGCAUGGUUGAAGGAAAUGACUGAAAUGUUGGCUUCUGUAUUGCAAGACUUUCAAGGGUUCAAAAAACUCGUAAGUGAGAAAACAACCGAAGCCAAUCAUCAUCGUUUCAAACUCGAAUACUUCGUGGGUGCCGAUGCUGUAGAUGCGUGUAUGAAUGAAACAAGAGCUGCUUUAGAUGCUGAAUCUCAUCGUAUUAUCCGCGGUCUGUCUGUAGAAGAGGAUCAAGCCACAGUCAAGCAAGUGAAUGAAUCUUAUCAAUCCCUUUGUGAUGUUUUUGAGAAACAUCAUGAAACUUAUGAUGAACAAAGAUCCUUUUAUCGUUUCUUACAAUUGAACAAGGUGUCUCAUUUAACCGAGGUAGAUACUCGUCAGCAGGCUCUGGAACAACGUUGGAAACAGUUGAAACAAGAUGUCAGUCAAGACAAACACCAUGUAGAUAGUGUCGCGCAAUGGUUUGAUUUACAUGCUAAACUCAACGAUAUGCAAUCCGAGUCUUUGGCCGGUAUCUUUGAACGUCUGGAAAAUAUGGUGUUGGAAGAGACCAUGCCUGCCUUUUUGGAUAGCGAUGCAUCACUUUUAAAGGUAGUGGAAUCCCGACUUUCAUCAUGUAACGAUAUUGCUGUCACUUUAUCCGAUGACGGUAACUUGGCUUGUUUCCAAACUCGUCAUGACCAAUUGCAAGCUGAUUUGAAGCGCGCUACUGAUUUAUUGCUUGAGAAAAAAUCUGCUGCACAAAAACAUGUGGAUAUUCUCGCCUGUCAACAGUUCUUGCAAGAGGUCAAGGUAUGCAGCCAAUUACUUGUAAAGGACGUCAAUCAACGUUUAGAAGACUUUGUGGUAGAAGAAGGUUCUAGUAAAUACAUGGAGCAAUUAUUCAAGUCAUUUUCUGCUUCCACCACGGAGGCUCAACAAAGCAAGGUCUAUGCACAAUCAGUGGCUGUCAAUGAUCUAGUUGUAGUCUUACAAAGCAAGUACGAAGAUGAUGACCGAUUUGAAGCUAUCGAGGCGGACUUAGCACAGAGUAUGGAGGCCAUGGAUAAGGCCUGUGGAGAAGAACAAGCUGUAAACGAUGUCAUGCGUCGUGUCCUGGGUCAUUGUAAGAGUGCAGAAAGUAUUGCUUCUUGGGUUGAUAACUGCCAUUUGGCUACCACGCAAGUCUUGGGCGAUCAUAUGGAUGAAUCGGAAGCAGCACUGGAGCUUGCUAGUCUCUCACAAAAAUUCCUCGAUUUUGAAAACGUGAUCGAGUCAUUCAGCGAACUUUCCAAGACCUUGUUAUCAGUAAGAGGAAAUAAUGCUGUGCAAUCUUUAAUCAAAAUUGUUGAGCAGAAUGCUACAGAGAUUGAAGGAAAAUGGCGUUUGAUGGGUGAAGAAUUAGAGAGUGUUAAAAUCACUGUAGAAAAGACAGCACGUGGUGUCGCUAUUGCUCGCAAGAUCAAAAAUAUCAUGGCCAUGGUAGGAGAGACACGCGAGUGUGUCAGUAGUAUUAAGCUCUUUGAUUCCGAUGACAACUUUAGUAUCAAUACCCAUGAUGAUGUGGACGAUCCACAUAGCGAUAUUGGUGAUGUUAUUUCUGAUGAUGAUAAAACAGCCAUUGGUGGUGAAGAAAAGAAACUUGAAGAUAUUAUCAAAGAAGAACAAUCGUUGUUGACCAUGUUGCGUCAGUCUGAGGUAGAGGUUAUCCAACGCAACCUGAGCAUCAUGGAAUCCGAAGUUAAACCACAAAUUGAACUUGAAGUGGAGCAAUUGAAUACCAUGAUAUCCCAAAUUGAAGAUAUCGAUAACACAUUUAUCCGUCAACAUGAAGAGGUGCAAGAAUCAGUAGCUAGCUUGUUUGAAUUGUUGGAUACUAAGUACGGUGAAUUAGAAAAGGCUAUGGAUAUCGGUCAAUACUUGACGAUAGCGGAUGAAGUGGAGAUUCUACAAACCGCAUUUGAAGAAGCCGUUGGUAAAUCAGCUCCUCAUCAUGCUACUUUAAUUGGCAGCAGCUUUAGUCGUACCGAUUUACAAGCGAGAUCUAUCGAACUCGACUCCAAGUUCCGUUACUACGAAGAAAAAAUUGUGCAGCAAAUGACUGCAGCUAAAAAGCAAACGACCCUCAUCUCUCAAAAGCAUGAAACCGAAGGUAUCCUUGCUGCUGCUCAUCUCCAGGAAAUGGAACACAAAUGGAUUGCCAUCAAGAAGCAAUUCAAGACUCGUAAGAUUGAACUUAGUCGAACCAUUGAUACCUCGGUGGAUCCUCAUGAUAAAUUGACUCGAUCUCGUAAAUGCUCUUUACCUACCCGAAAAACGUCUUCCAUUUUGCGUGAAAGAGCCGAUACUUCCUUAGCCAGACAGCGAUUAUCACCCACCGCUAGCAGUUCUUCCUCUAGCAGCAAGAGUGGUAUCAGUCGUUUGCAUCCUAAUCGAAGCACAAGCAGGUACCUGACACCACCUUUACAACACCAACCUUCUAAAUCCGCUACACAUGUAAAACAACAUGCGCCCCGUAUUGUGGCUCCCAAAGCUCCCUUGAACUCAUAUGUAGCUGAUCCCCAUAACGAUUUGGAUAUUGAAAUUGGACGUAUUGUGAAUGAAACUCCUUACCGAGUCAAGGUCAAGAUGGUUCCUGGUGAAACAGGUCGUUACUGGUUUGGUAAUUUGAACCCAAAGUUAGCUUAUUGUCGUGUGCUCAAGAGUAAGAUGGUGAUGGUACGUGUUGGUGGUGGCUGGACAGAACUCUCUCAGUUCUUGCGUGAUCAUGCUUUAUUGGAAGGUGAUUUUAUUCCUCGUAGUCAACGUGGUGGAGCAAACAAUCAUCGUACGCGCAUGAUUCCCGAAGAAGAAGAACCCAAAUCUCCUACCAUCCAAGAAGGAUUUAUCGAGACACGUCGUGAUUUUGGUAAGCAACGUAGCGUAUCACCUCAAAAUAGGUCUUCUACUACUACCAACAGUAGUCGAUCCAGUACGUCAAAUCAUCCUACAGGCUCUCCCAGUCAUUCUGCCAGUACCACAUCAGGAUACAAGGAAGGAGACCGUUUUAUUGCUGUAGAUCAGCAUGGAAAUCAGUUAGAGGUCAAAAUGCGCAAGGCAAUGGAUAUGGGUCGCACGAUGAGCUCAAGCACUGCUAAUACCAACGAUUAUACCAGAAGACGUAUGGCACGUCGAAAGGAAAAAACCGGAAAUCCUUCUACUUUGACAAGUAACAAGUCUCCUUCCCCUAAAGCGACCACCCCUACCCCUACUAAGGGUACAAUGACACCCACAAAAACAAUCCCGGCUCCGUCUACGACCCCUACUCCUCCUCCUCCUCCCAGAACAGUAGUGACACCUACCCCUACCAAAGCUACCCCACUGCCUACCACCAAAACCACCAAGGUGAAGGCCACGAAACCCCUUGUAACUAAAAAUACCACCACCACCGCCACCGUGAAACCUAAUAACCCUCCUAGUAAACAUACCAAUCCUAAUAGUACAUAAUAACAAUAAUAAUAAUAAAAAAAAACCAAAUAUAUAUUUUUUUUAA